CGGCGGCGGCGGCGGUGAGGGGAGCGCGGAGGAAGAGGAGGAGGAGGAGCCAUGGCGGGCCAGCAGUUCCAGUACGAUGACAGCGGGAACACCUUCUUCUACUUCCUCACCUCCUUCGUGGGGCUCAUCGUCAUCCCAGCCACAUACUACCUCUGGCCCCGCGACCAGAACGCCGAGCAAAUUCGAUUAAAGAAUAUCAGAAAAGUAUAUGGAAGAUGCAUGUGGUAUCGUUUACGGUUGUUAAAACCCCAGCCAAAUAUUAUUCCUACAGUAAAGAAAAUCGUUCUGCUUGCAGGAUGGGCACUGUUUUUAUUCCUUGCAUACAAAGUUUCCAAAACAGACCGAGAAUAUCAAGAGUAUAAUCCUUAUGAAGUAUUAAAUUUGGAUCCUGGAGCAACUGUAGCAGAAAUCAAGAAGCAGUACCGUUUGCUAUCACUUAAAUAUCAUCCAGAUAAAGGAGGUGAUGAAGUUAUGUUUAUGAGGAUAGCAAAAGCUUAUGCAGCUUUAACAGAUGAAGAGUCACGGAAAAAUUGGGAAGAAUUUGGAAACCCAGAUGGGCCUCAAGCCACAAGCUUUGGAAUUGCCUUGCCAGCUUGGAUAGUUGAUCAGAAAAAUUCAAUUUUGGUUUUACUUGUGUAUGGAUUGGCAUUUAUGGUUAUCCUGCCAGUCGUUGUGGGCUCUUGGUGGUAUCGGUCAAUACGUUAUAGUGGAGACCAGAUUCUGAUACGCACUACACAGAUUUAUACGUACUUUGUUUAUAAAACUCGAAAUAUGGAUAUGAAACGUCUUAUCAUGGUUUUGGCUGGAGCGUCUGAGUUUGAUCCUCAGUAUAAUAAAGAUGCCACAAGCAGACCCACAGAUAAUGUUUUAAUACCCCAGCUAAUCAGAGAAAUUGGCAGCAUAAAUUUAAAGAAGAAUGAGCCUCCACUGACGUGCCCGUACAGCCUAAAGGCCAGAGUUCUUUUGCUCUCUCAUCUUGCUCGAAUGAAAAUUCCUGAGACCCUUGAAGAAGAUCAGCAGUUUAUGCUGAAAAAAUGCCCUGCUCUGCUUCAAGAAAUGGUUAAUGUAAUCUGCCAGCUAAUAAUAAUGGCUCGGAGCCGUGAAGAAAGGGAGUUUCGUGCUCCAACUUUGGCAUCCUUAGAAAACUGCAUGAAGCUUUCCCAGAUGGCUGUUCAAGGCCUUCAGCAGUUUAAGUCCCCCCUUCUGCAGCUCCCUCACAUUGAAGAGGACAAUCUUAGAAGAGUUUCUAAUCAUAAAAAGUACAAAAUUAAAACUAUCCAGGAUUUGGUUAGUUUAAAAGAAUCAGAUCGUCAUAGUCUACUCCAUUUCCUUGAAGAUGAAAAGUAUGAGGAGGUUAUGGCUGUCCUUGGGAGUUUUCCAUAUGUGACCAUGGACAUAAAAUCACAGGUGUUGGAUGAUGAAGAUAGCAACAACAUCACAGUAGGAUCCCUAGUUACAGUGUUGGUUAAAUUGACAAGGCAGACAAUGGCAGAAGUCUUUGAAAAGGAGCAGUCCAUUUGUGCUGCAGAAGAGCAGCCUGCAGAAGAUGGGCAAAGUGAUGCCAGCAAAAACAGGACAAAAGGAGGAUGGCAGCAGAAGAGUAAAGGACCCAAAAAAACAGCUAAAUCAAAAAAAAAGAAACCUUUAAAAAAAAAACCUACACCUGUGCCAUUAUCGCAGUCAAAGCAACAGAAGCAAAAGCAGGCAAAUGGAGUUGUUGGGAGUGAAGCUGCAGUGAAGGAAGAUGAGGAGGAAGGUUCUGACAAAGGCAGCGAUUCUGAAGACGAAGAGCCCAAUAGAGACUCCCAGAGUGAAAAAGAGGAUGGCAGUGAUAGAGAGUCUGACCGGGAGCAAGACGAAAAACAAAACAAAGAUGAUGAAGCAGAGUGGCAGGAAUUACAGCAAAGUAUACAGCGGAAGGAGAGAGCUCUGUUAGAAACCAAAUCCAAGAUAACUCACCCUGUGUAUAGUCUCUUCUUUCCUGAGGAAAAACAAGAAUGGUGGUGGCUUUAUAUCGCAGAUAGGAAAGAACAGACGUUAAUAUCUAUGCCAUAUCAUGUGUGUACAUUGAAAGAUACUGAGGAGGUAGAGUUGAAGUUCCCAGCACCAGGCAAGCCUGGAAAUUAUCAGUACACAGUGUUCCUGAGGUCAGAUUCCUAUAUGGGUUUGGAUCAGAUUAAACCCUUGAAGUUGGAAGUUCAUGAGGCCAAGCCUGUGCCAGAAAAUCACCCACAGUGGGACACAGCAAUAGAAGGAGAUGAAGACCAGGAAGACAGUGAGGGCUUUGAAGAUAGCUUUGAGGAAGAGGAGGAGGAAGAGGAAGAUGAUGACUAACAGUACCAUAAGUGGCCACCUUUGCAAACUUCUGCUGUUUUGUAAAUGUGUAUAAACCAGAAACAGUGCAGAACUGAUGGUGAGGGAAGUGUUGGAGGCUUUGCAGGAAAUAGAUGUAUAAAAGAACUGGGCAGCUGGUGGUGCCUUGGUACAGUCUGUAAGAGGGUUACUGAAAUCCUUUCAAGUAUGGGAUGGAGCAUUUAUUUCAACUGCAAAUGAUAAUAAAUCCUUUGUUGUUACAACUGUC